UGACGGGGGGUUUGUUUAUUUCCGGGCUGCUGCCUCACUCACUGAGUGACUGGGUGGGCGACUGCCUGAGUGAGUGGUCAGCUCUCCUCCCCCCACCUCCAAAACCAUGAGCUCCCCGGGUAGCCCCAGCCCUGGGCUGCCCACCCACGAGCCCCCCAGCCCGGAGCAGCAGCAGCAGCAGCUCUGGGAGCCCCUGGACUCCCCUGAACCGAUGCAGCCCAGCCCAGCGCCCAGCGUCUCGGUGAUGCCCUCCCUGGUGGACGUGGGGCUUCAGGAGUGGCCGAACGGCUGGAGGUACGAGGGGCAGUUCGAGGGGAACAUGAAGCACGGACACGGGAUCUUCCAGUGGGCCAGCGGCGAGUAUUAUGUUGGGAGCUUCUACAAGGAUCACCGUCAUGGACAUGGGAUCUACGUCUGGCCAGACGGGAGUAAAUUCACAGGAAUGUUUUACUUGGAUCGAAAAGAUGGAUAUGGGACCUUAGAAAUGAAGGAUGGUGCUAUAUUCCAGGGGCUUUAUAAAGCUGAUGAGCGCUUUGGGCCUGGGGUAUUGACCUAUCCCAAUGGCCGGCAGGAUGUGGGCCUGUGGUAUCGGAAUCACCUCAUCCGGCUUUGUACUGAAAUUCCAGGAACCAUCACCAUGAAGGAUCACCCGCUUUACUAUUCCAGCAAGGAAGAGCUUACCAUCCCAGCGAGAACGUACAAGGAGAAGUAUUUCUGGAGAGUCAACCCUGAGGAAGACCCCUUCUUUUACCCUUUCAAAAAACUGCUGUUUGACGACAACUACACCCUGCCUGCAGAGAUUGCGAUUUAUUCCACCGACGCUGACCACUUGCCCCUCACUCGCUCCUACACAAAGGAAGGUGACAGAUAUUUCUUCCAAAAAGAAGAGUUGGGAGAUGAAGAUGAGAUGGUGAAGCUCCCCAUCGUAAACCAGACUCCUUUGCUGGUUCAAAUGCAAAUACACAUCUAUAGACAUAGGCACGCUGAGGCAAUGCUCUCCUGGGAUGUCGCUGCUGUCAUUGCAGGAAAUCGUGAGGGCUUUGGUCCAAGGGGGCCUCUGGAAUGCAGUUCUGAGCAACUUAUCACUGCAGCUAGAGAGGGAAACCAAGAGACCGUGCUUAAAAUUCUCAAAACGAACUUAGUGAGUGCAGAUGUGGCAGAUGUCAAUGGACACUUCUCACUGAUUGGUGCUGCAGCUGUCUGCAAUGACUCGAUCAUCAACCUGCUGCUUGAUAAUGGAGCCAAUGUGAAUAAGCUGAACAACGAGGGUGUAUCUGCGCUCAACUACAGCUGCAUACAUUACUAUCCUUCAGGCUGCUUUCUUCACAAUGAGAUCUACAGACUCACAAACAAAAAAGAGCCUCCCAGUGCGACCGAAAGGAAGGUAGAGGAUCUGGAGAUGGAUGACGAACUGACAACGCAGGUGAAGAUGGCUAAAAGGCUCUCAGUUUACGACCGCAAGAUAAGAGUUGGCAGCAUAAGCUUUAAGAAGGCUUCAUUAGUUGCUUCACAACAGGAAGAGCUGACGUGGAAAGAGGAAGAGGAUGCGCACGUACAUGAGCUUCCGAAUUUUGAAGAAUCUCUAGACGAUGAGACUACCAUAUCAGAAAUCGACGAGGAGAGUCUUAUGUCACCAUCAGUAGGGCCUCCCUCAACUGGUUACUUUGAAUCCACACGGAGCGUUCACCAUUUUCAGUUCAACGUAAGUGGCCGACAGCUGCAGCAGGCUGCCCACGUCUUAAGUAGGAACCAGCGUUUCAAGAGCUCGGCUGGGAAAUCUAUGAUGACACCUGAUUUCAAACACGAUGAAAAAGUGUGGCGGAUAGCCGCGAUGAAAUCUGAGCACCAGAAGAGAAGGGAAAUCAUCAUCCUGCUUCUCCGACGAGGAGCAGAUCCCAAUAUUUCCACUAAACCGAUACCAGUACUCUUUCUCGCCAUGUUGGCUGGGGACCUCAGCUCAGUCAAAAUGCUACUGGAGAGAAAGGCAGAUCCAAACACCCGUAUUCGGUCACAGAUAAAGGAAAUCGAUGGACUGACCCCACUCCACGUCUCUGUGGCGAUCCCUGGCAAGCAAGGAGUGUUGAUUACUGAGCUGCUGCUUAAUGCUGCGGCCAACCCGAACGAAGGAGCGUACGAUGACGAUGUGACCUACGAGCCUGACAUGGACAUCCAGACAGAGGAGCCCACAGGUAUGAUCCUGAAGAGCCCCAAUUUGAUGGGAGUGCCACCACAUUACUUUACGCCCAGCGACAUAGUGCCCAUCGAAGGUGGACGAACCCCGCUGCAUAUUGCUUGCCAACGUGAAGAUAACCACAAGGACGCUCACCAGAUUGUCAGACUGCUCCUGCUGCACAAGGCUAAUCCCAAUUUACUGUGGAGUGGUCACUCACCCCUUUCGUUGGCAAUCGCUAGUGGAAACGACCCGGCAGUGAACGAGCUGCUGGCUAACGGAGCUGAGCCGAACCUGCCUCUGACCCACGGACUGGGGAGUGCGAUGUGCACUGCUGUCAGCACCAGGUAUGAGCACAAGAGGAGCCUGACAGGCAGACUAGCAUUGAUCCUCAAGUUGCUCGAAGCCAAUGCCAAUAUUUUGAUGCCCAUCACUCUUACCUCCCAGGUCAACCAAGCUAUAGGAACAGCUGUGGAUUUUGCAUACCACAAAUAUUUUCAGGAUUCAAGAAUAGCGCAAACACCUUACCACGCCCUGACACACAAUGAGCGAGAAGUCUAUAAUGCCCGCCGUGAAUUACUCAACUUUCUGAGCAACCUGUUUCGAAAGGCUACCGUCACCAUGGAACGGAAGAGAUUUGAGGAGAUCAUACAGCAGAACAUGCAAGAUCGGGAAAUCGAUUCAGCUUUGCCACCCCUGACUGAAUCAGAGGCCCUGUCUUUCGCCAACAUCAGUCUGACAGCAAAGGCCAUCAUUGAGCGCAAUGCUCAUGUCGCUGAGGGGAACCUGCCAAUAUUGGCAGCCUCCGAAAAAAAAAGCAAAGUCCAAGAUACAGCUCCCAGGAGGCAGCUAUUCAAGUUCAAGUUCUGUUACGCCUGUGGGCGUUCGGUGGGCGUUCGGCUGAUCACGUGCAGUCGGUGCAAGGAGGUGUACUACUGCAGCAAGGCCUGCAAGGUGACAGCGUGGAACGAAUUUCACAAGGAUGAAUGCUACUUAACAAAAGGUCGCCCCUCAAGCAAAAAAGAUGGUUUUUAUGGGGAUGCUGGAUUGCGAAGUGGUUCAUCAUCACCAUCUGUAGAACUGGACAACUACAGCUAUAUUUAAACUGAUACCCAGUCAAUUCUUUUGUUCAUGUUGAUUCUCACUGUUUUUUUUGUUGGAGUGUGAGGCAUCUUCCCUAUUUUUCUAUCAGUGCAGGGAACUAAAUACUUUUGUGAAAAGUGCCAACAUUAAGCAACCCUGGGCCAGAAUUCACACAGACCCUUUUUGCACUGCCAGGAUAGAUGUGAUUUUUU